AUGUCUGACAUCAAGGGAGAAAUCAAUUCAAUGGAAACUGCAAUAGAUGCUAAUGACAUGUCAAAAUUGUUUUGUGUUACAUCUAGUGUACAUUUAUACAGAAAUCUUCCUCCCAAAAUUAUGUUAUCUUUACCUAAAUUUAGUCCAGAAAAAAUCCAAGGAGAAGAUUUAAACAAUCUGUUUGGAACCAUAUCAUCAAAUUCUUUAACUUUAGAUCAACAUGGCUACAGCAUGAAGACAACACAGAAAUCACCAGAAGCUGGAUCCUCUCCUCCAGUCAAACAGCUGCUUGAUGAACCCGAGACUGUCACCACCAUACACACUGGGUAUGGAUACCUUUAUAAUGUGGCCUGUCUUAGUGAUGAAGAAAUCUGGACAAGCGGAAAUGACAGCACCAUGAAACAUUUAAGCAUCAAUCGGGGAUCACUACUCAAGUCAAUCACAACCAAUACCUCCUCUGGUGACCUCCUGGUUAUCAUGAACAGUGAUGAUUACACACAAACAAAAGUUGUCCGAUACUCUGGCUCCACAGAGAAACAAACCAUUCAGUUUGAUUAUAAGGGUAAACCUCUCUAUUCAUCUGGUGGUAAUAACACAAACUACAUAACUGAAAACAGGAACCUGGAUAUCUGUGUGAAUGAACCAUUCACUCCACAAGGAAUCACCACAGACAGUCAGAGUCACAUCCUUACAGCUGAUAUUAACAAUUACUGUGUCCACAUCAUAGACCAGGAUGGACAGUUCCUCUGUUACAUAGACUGUAGACUGAGUAGUCCCAUGGGACUGUGUACAGAUACAGAUGACAAUCU